GUCUGGGGGGGGGGAGCGGUGCCGCGGGAGCUCCCCGGGGAGAGGUGGGUCAGGGUGGGCUGGAGCCCUGCCGACACCGGGACCGGGGGGCCGCGGGGGUGCACCAGCCCCGGGGUGCCGGAUGCCGGGGCUGUGCCAGCGCCUGCCGUGGCGGUGACCCCCAGGGUGGCCCCACCGAGCCGGUGGCCACAGCCAGGGGAAGGAUGGCCAAGCGGCUGCUGGUGGCCUACGGGCUGUGGGCGCUGGGGGGGCCGCUGGGGCUGCACCACAUCUACCUGGGCCGGGACAGCCACGCGCUGCUCUGGAUGCUGACGCUGGGCGGCUUUGGUGGCGGCUGGCUCUGGGACUUCUGGCACCUCCCUGCCUGGGUGGCCGCCGCCAACGGGACCGGGGUGGCCGGGGACCGCGGUGGGACCGUACCGUCCCUCAGCCCCCUGCGCCUGGCGGGGCAAGUGACAGUGGGGAUGUAUUUCGGACUGGUGGCGGCGCUGGGGCUCCCCUGGGUGCCGGCGUUGCUGGCGCAGCCCCUGGCCGUGGGACUGGGAGUGCAACUGGUGUCCUCGGUAGGCGACCAGACGGCGGAGGCACCCAGCAUCCUGGCCGCAGCCUUCCUCGCAUCCCUCCUCUUCCAGGGCUGGGUGCUGGCAGUGCUGCCCACCAGCCUGGCCGCCAGCAUCGCUGCCCAGCGGCACCGGCGCUACAAGCCCCACGGGAUGCCGCGGCCCCGGCUGGCUGCCCGGCUCUACCACCUGGGGCUGGCGUGCCUGGCCUUCGCCGCCCCGCUCGCCUGCCGCGGGCUCUGCGGUGCCGCCGGGGUGCUGGGCACCCUCCUGGCCCUGCCCCGCGCUGCCACCGAGCUCCUGCUCCUGCCCCUCCGCGCCGGCCGGCUCCUGGCAGAGAUCCUGGGCUUUGCCGGCGGCUCCCCGGCACAGGAGUACGGUGCCGGCUUUGAACCAAGCGGCUGGAGCGAACGGCAGCAGCGGGCGUACGAGGUCUUGGGUCUCCCAGCCGGCUCCCCCGCCGAGGACGUGCACCGGAGCUACCGGGAGCUGGUGAAGGUUUGGCACCCAGACCACAACCGGCACCGGGCCGAGGAGGCCGAGAGGCGCUUCAUCGAGGUGCAGGAGGCCUACGAGGAACUGGCGGGGUCCAGGAGAGCGGCGGCGGCGGCGGCGGGGUGACGCCACCGGCAGCCCCCUCCGCGCCCGGGACCGAGAGCCGCGGGAGGAUUCGUAAACACGAGGGUUCCCUCUC